GUACGGACACGAGGACGGCCGAAAGCAAACGUGAAUUCGCUGAGAUACCAACCACACACACAUAUAUAUAUUCAAAGCUGUGUGUGUGUGUGUGUGUGUAUAAUUGAAGCGCCAAGUGCCAGUGUCCUAGAAAUUAAACGUAUAACAAAAUAAGAACCGAAUCGAAUCGAGGGCGAUAAUGGAAAAGUAAUUGGGGGAGAGCCGCAGUUGAUAAGGCAGAGCCGAGUCCUAGUGUCGAGUCUUGGGAGAAAAGUGCAAGUGAAAAGUGGCUGUAAGAAGCAGAAAAUCAAACACUCACACACGCACACACACAUAUACGCAUACACAGAGACACAAAGGAAACGUCAUAUGCCAGAGGCAGAGCAUUGACAGGAGCGGGAGCACAAGCAGGAGCCCAGUGGAAAAGCAUUUUGUGUAUCCUAUAUUGUGUGGCACACGGCCAGGACAGCGGAGCUUGUCCUUAGCCAUAGUUCCCAGCAAGCAACAACAACAACAAAAACAAAGGCGACAACAACAAUAGCAAUUACAUCGUGUAGUUGCCAUAAUGAUAGAUUUCAAAAAAGUAAAUUGAGCAAAUUAUCGUAUAAAACGUGCCUUGCUUGGCAAAGUCUAAAAAUAAACCAAAGUAUAUACAAGUAUCCUGAAAGUGCCACCGCAAACUGACUUUAAAUUAUGCAUGCACAUUGAUUUUCCGACCACGGCCCGGUUGUCGUCCCUAAAUAUCGCCAUCAUCACCAUCACCCACCAUCAUCGUCGUCCUCAUCAGCAGCCGCCUAUCCGGGCAAUCGGCUUUGUCGUCGCAUGUUAUCAGCGGAACUGGCGUCCUCGACGGCUUUGUUGAAUGCGAGUUAUCAGCGCAGCAACGGCCCCGCAAAAGAUGAAGUUUGCCUCUCGACAACAUAUGACAAGUGCCACACAGCAGCAGCAACACCGACAUCAGCAACACCUAACGAGGCAGCCGCAACAAUGACCAAGCAAUUGACAACGGUUACGGCAACCAAUGCAGCUUCUAGCAUAACCCAAGCGGGCGAUUUGGCGCCCACAGUUAUAUCCCCGACCUCGGCCACAACACUCGAGACAGGCGGAGCAACAGCAAGCUCAGAUGGAGGAGGUGGAGGAGGAGGAGCAACUGCCACCGAGGCAACAAAGACUUUGAAGCAACCUGCAACAACGACAGCGACAGCGAAACCCUCGAGUAGCGAUGCCAGCGGCCGAUCGGCAGCUCUGGAGCGUGCCUACGUGCACGAUGUGUACGAGCAUUGCGAGGAGCCCACGGGUCCUGUGCGUCCCAGGAUGGCCCAUUUCCUGGCCGGCCUCGAGCCUGGCUCCGUGGUCUGCGACGUGGGCUGCGGGAGUGGGCGAUAUCUAACGCAGUGCAACCCGGCCAUAUGCACCAUUGGCGUGGAGCGCUGCUACCGGCUGAGCAAGGUGGCCCACGAGAAGGGCGGUGAGGUGGCUCUCUGCGAUAAUCUGGAGCUGCCCUUCCGAGACGACAGCUUCGAUGCAGUGCUCUCCCUGGCCGUAGUUCACCACUUUGCCACCACGGAGCGACGGGUGCAGGCUCUAAGAGAAUUGGCCAGGAUCCUGAGAAUAGGCGGCCGAGUGGUGAUUACCGUUUGGGCUCUGGAGCAGCGUCAUCGGCGCUUUGAAUCGCAGGAUGUUCUCAUCCCCUGGCAGCCUCCCAAAAAUCGCAACUACUCGUACUCGGAUGAGGAGGAUGAUGACAACUUUCAGCCGCCUUAUCAUGCCUACACCGAGGACUCAACAAACUCCAGUCGAUCGGCGGGGGAUGGGGACAGCUCGAGUCUUAGUUCCUCCUCGCCGGGAGAGUCCUGCUACAGUUUUGUGCGAAGGGCCAUCCAGAAACUAGCCCGUGGUCGACGUCAUGCUUGGUUCAUGGAUUCCUGGUCGUCGAAGGACACCAAAAACGACAGCAGCCUGGACUAUGAGGACGCCAAGGACCUGCCCAUCGAGUUGCGGCGUCUGGAGGACUUUGAGGACUUUCCUGACCCGCCGCUAUCCGCUGGCCUCAAGUCCCGCAGCCUGGGCAGCAUUCUCCAGCCCCCACCUCGCCAGAUCGUACGCUCGCGUUCCAGUGUCCCCAGCCUGGGAGGUCCUCUGAUUCCCGGCGAAUCGAAGGCCACAGCGGCAGCUAUGCUCCUGAAUGCUCCCGAGGGUCAGCAACUCCAUAUGAACGGGGGACGACACUCACCGCCCACGACAGCCAGUGCUGGGAACACCCUCAGUCGCCGGCCCAAGCUCAUCAAGCAGAAGCAGUCCCUGUGCGAGGAUGACUCUGCCACGCCCUCUGCCCCCGAAACCUUCCAGAUGCUAAGCAUCUACAAUGGCUCCAACGGCGGGGUGAGCAGCAGCCUGUAUACGAGGAGUGGCUGCUAUGCCGGUAACUUCCACCAGCACCCGUCCUCCUCGAACUCCUCCUCUACGGUGGCCACGCCGCCUUCGGGGGCAGCAACAGCUGGUGGAGCAGCCCCGGGAAACAGUGCGUUCCUGCGCAAACAGAGCUCCCUGAACGAGGAGCUAAUGGCUUGCAAUCGACUGCGGGAGAAGGAGCGCGUGCGAAAGCGCAUCCAGAAACAAACCUCCCUGAACGAGGCUUUCCUCUGCCGGUCGGCCUUGUUCUCCAAGAGGCUUCAGGUGAUACGCGAGGGCUUCACCACGAAGAUUAAGAGCUCCACGGGCAGCCUGGAACGGGUCACGAAGACGGGCAUAAGCAAGCUGAUUCAAAACAUCAAGAGUGGCCCGCAGAUGCCAGCGAAUCCCCCACAGAACCCGGCUCCGGCGGACAAGAGUCCCACGCUGAAUAACAACAACAAGCAGGGAGUGACUCUAGUACCCCACCAGCACCAUCAUCAUCAUCACCACCACGCCGGCCAUCAUCUGUCCCACUUGAUCCCUCUGCCCGCUUCCGCUGCUUCCGCAACGGGCCCUGUGACGUACUGCAGCAGCGUGGAAUGCACCAUGGGCAACCUCUGCCACUGCAGCCAGUACCAGCAAGAGUGUCCCGCCUGCGCGGAUGGCGGCCAGGGGGACAAGGCCCGACGGCACUCCCGGGAGUCUGGGUCAGACUCCUCCAAGGACAGCAGCCUGCAGUCGGACACCAGCAUCGAGUCCGAGGACAGCUUCGCCUCGGUUAUAUUCAUACCGAAGCCGGAGCAGCACCAGCAGCAGCUGAACUAUCAGCAGCAGCACCACAACUCCAACUCCAGCUCGAGCAACUCCUCGUCCAGCAACGGGCAGCGGGCCCAAGGAGCCGCUGGCCGGGAGCAGGGCGUGAAUCCCGGUUCCCGGCUGCCACCCACUCACUCAGUGCCAACGUCCCCGCUGAUCAUGCCCUGUCCGCCAACGCCGGCCCACUCGCCGGCAGCCAUCCAGGGCAAUGUCACCUCUCCGCCGCAGUCCACGGCUGCUGUUUCCGCGGUCAUGGCCAUCCUGACUCCCCCCUCGAAGCCGGCUAGGUUCAGCUUCGACGAGGCUCACAUCAAGCAGCAGAAGGAGCAGCAAAGGGAGCAGCAGAAGGAGCUUCACAAGGAGCAGCCAAAGGAGGUGAAGGAGCCGCAGUCGCUGAAGGAGAGCUCGAAGGACUCACUCAAGGAAUCCCCUCCUGUUCGCCGGAUAACCCGCCAAGCCAUUAGGGAUCUGCCCCCUAUUCCCAAGUUCCGCAAACAGCAAUCCCUGCAGCUGCAACGCCAGAGUUUCCCCAUCGUCCGGAGGGCCUCGGGCUCGGGAGUAUCUACUUCUGCAUCCACCACUUCGCUGGCCAGCAAGCUGCUUUCCCUGGAGCUUUUUAAUCCGGCUACCGAUGACCUGGACAGCGACUCCAGUGAGCCCUCGUCGCCAGACUCCAUUGACAGUGUUAUCAGUGCCCCGAGAUCAGCAAAGUUACCCUCGGGCAGCGAUGAGGGCGGAGCAGCUUCAGCCAAUUCCAAUUCGGCUUCCCAGGACGAGGGCGAGCCCAGCUUGGCGCAGAUGAUUAGCCGGCAACAGGAGCAGUACCACAAGGGUGAGCUGCAGAUCAACAGCUCUCGAUCCCAGGCGGAGGAUGAUAUAAUCCUGAAUGCGGACAGCGCUACCCUGCUGCCCGAGAAAAGGGAGUCGAUCCAGAAGCAGGACUGUGCGGAGUUUGCGGAGCAGCUCACCGCCCAACUGCAGAGGGAACUGGAGGACAAGAGCAGCCGCACGGAGUGUCGCUACCUGGAUGGUAUUGGAAUGGGAGAUCUGUCCGAUAUUCUAGGAGGCAGCAAGAAGCGCUCCAACGGCGAUCUGAGUUCUUUUCGUGAUGAACUUCGGGAACGUCGCCUAAUGUUGGCCAAUCUCUCAACUCAACCGAGCCUACAGCAGUCUCCUGUCAGCUCCUCCACCUCGUCGCUGUCCUCGCAAACCCGCAGCUUCACCAUCCAGGAGGAGGAUGGCGAGGAGGAGGAGGAAGAAGAGAACGAGUCUAGCUAUUCGCUGGGCGUCUACGAGCACUGCAAGAUCUCCAAGUUUAGCUACAAGAGGAACCGGCACUAUCAGCUAAAUCCAGAGACGGCUUACCUCCUGCAGGACGAUGGGGACAGUGAUGUCAGAGAGGACGAGGAUGAUGCCAUACCCGAGGAGGAAGAGCAGGAGGAGCAGGAUGCUGAUGCCGAGGCUGAGGCCCUGGAGGCCAGCGGUGGUGAUCAGCUGGGCGAGGGUAUGGCAGACUACGGCCAGCGCAGGCGCAACAUGGCCGCCCUGAAGGUACAGACUCCUGCCACUCAGCAGCAGCAACAGCAACAGCAGCAACACCAGCUCCUGCAGCAGGAGCAGCAACAGCCCCCAAACCUGCAGCAGCGACCCUCAAGCGACUCCCUGGAGCACUCGAACAGCUCCACCAACUCCCUGGACAGUCCCUCCCAGGGUGGUGCCAGUACCCAUCACCGCUACUACCAUGUAUUCCGCGAGGGCGAGCUGGACGCGCUGAUCAACCACCAUGUGGCUAGCCUGCAUAUCGUUAGUUCCUACUACGAGCGGGCCAGCUGGUGUGUGGUGGCCGAAAAGGUCCAGGUGUGGACCAUAUAAGCACCUUAAUCUAACACAGGAACUCGAAACGAAACAAAUAUGAGUUAGGAUAAGAGGUCACUUCACCGAUAUUUGGAUCGUCUCGAGUUCUUGCUCUCAAAAAAACAAAACACAAAAGCCCAUUCCUAGCUGUAGUCUCUGAUGCCCCCAAAGGAAUUGUUAAAUUUAGUCUAUUACUCUAGUCGAAGUCUGGCGUAUCGGAGCGGGGAAGGCCCGUUUUCCGAUCCAGCACUAAUUUACCGUUAGAGCGCAGGCCUGCUCUAGGACGCGAGCAUUGAAAUCCAAUUUCGAAAGGGAAAACCACCUAGCUAUAAGUCCGAAUCGAAUAUGAAAACGAUAACGAAAACGAAACAACGCAAGCUAAAUGCAAAUCUAACAAAUUUUACGAGUUUAAAAUCUAUUUACAACGAGCAUCAGUUUGUAUCUUGCGCUAUCUUCUGACUAAGUUUCGAGCACCUUACACUAUAAUUUCAAGGCAAAUAGUUAUCAGACGUCCAUAAAAAUACACAAGAGUAUACAACUAAUGCAUAAAUAAAUUUAAAAAUACAGAUACCAAUAUAGAAUACUCAUAUAUACACUCAAGAGCGCUGCAAAGUUAAUAGAACUCCCACUAACACUAACCGAUAUCAAUAACUGCAUUUAAAUCUAUGAGAAAACCGAACAUAUGUAUAUCUAGUGCAAAUUAAAUCAAAACGAUAUACACGAAACCAGUUUAAGAACAACUUUCUGCAAGCUUAUAUUAGUUCUAUAUAUUUUGUUUACUUGAUUAAGAGCACAAUUUAAUUUUCCUCGUAAGAAUCUUCCCAAAAAUGGCCAAUAAACACGAUUGUAAUAUACGCCCUAUGCCUAAACUUGUAUUUUUUCUUAACAACAAAAAAUGUUAUUUGAAAAAUAACGCCAAACAAAAGCAUAAUUUUCAAGAUAAUUAAAUAAUAUAUACAUAUUACCUAUAUGCGACUGUACAUGUGUUUUUUAGCUAGCUAAACCAACUUUAUACCGUAAAAUAGAACAAGAAUAGAACAAUUAAAGGAAUAUUAACUAACGUUGGGCGCAACAUUAAAUCACUUAAGAUAGAAUUCGAUUAAAACCUACUACUGCUCGAAAUGCUGAAACAUUAUAAAUAUUAAGUAUUACUGGAUAAUAUCUUUAAUUUGCACAGAGUCCACCACAAGAACACACACACGAAAUCCAAAGGCAACACAAGAACACCGGCUGCUACAGAGGAAAACUAUCUGAAAUAUCCAAUAUUGAUAAUUUGUAAUGCA